UUUAACGUCUCAAAAUUCAAAUACGGAUAAAACAUGGGCCACAAAUAACGGUAUGAAGAAGUCUAGGGCCUGAAACGAAAAUUUCGCACUUUACAAAUAUUGCAAAAUGAUUCAAACUUGUCAAAUGUAUAUUUAUUAGACCGAAUUUCAAAUCAGAAACCCCCCAAUAGUUUCCAAUGGAUGCCCCUCUCCACCGCCACGCCACAUCACCGGACAGCUGUGCCGCCGAAGAUCCGGCGGUCAUGAUGUCAACCAGCCACACAAUCGACGCCCCGCAACCAACAUCGAGAAGAAAGAUUAAUAAGAAGAAGAAACAGACAGUAGUUUCGGACAAUGCAUCAUUAGAGUCUUCGAGUAAUUGUAGCUCUGCGGCCUCGUAUUCGAAAAAGGGCAUCAAGAUUUCUAGAAAUCCUAAAAGAAUUCGCGUCGGGCCGCUGACAGCGGGCCCGAGAAAUGUCGGGCUGAGUGAUGUUGACGCCCUCGGCCUUCCUCUCGGAAUGUCGAUUGCCGCUGUAGUCGCUCAGGUUUUGGAGAAGAAAAAUGCAGCUGGCAAAAAGAUUUCGGUGGAUUAUCUGUCUGCGAUUUGUGGUCUGGCCGUGAGGGAAUCUAUAGGAAACGUUUUUGGGGAUAAAUUUAAUAAUUUGGUGACGAACUUUGAGACAUCAUUUCGGAGUACAUUGACGACUUUGCAGUUAAUCAGUUGUUCAUCUCAAAAUGAUGGUGAAAAACUCCAAGGAGCAAGAUUUGUAGGGUGUUCUUGCUCAGUGACAAGCAAUAUGACGUGUGGUGACACAUAUAAGGAUUCUGCUUGUCCUCCUGAGGCUACGGAGAAAGAAUCAUGUGUGCAUGCAAAUAUCACCAAACGACAGCAAGGAUCUGGAUAUCAGGAUAGUACUUCUGAAUCUAGCAACCUCUCGUCUCAUUUUAGAAUAGGAGAUAUGGCAUGCCUUUCCAGUAAUGGAGAUGGCCCGGUGGCAUAUCCCCACAGAACUAGCGCUGAUGGGCAAUGCCAUACUCUCUCAGAAAUGGAGGAGAAGAUGAAUAUGACAAGUCAACAGCUUAUUCUGCAUGAUAAACGAACUGAGCAGCAGUUAGCUUGUGCUUCUCCAAACCAAUUUUCUAUGCUAAGCACGAUCGAAAAAUCAGUCAUGGAGCAGACUCGCUCUAAUGAGCUAAAGACAUUUGAAAUUGGUCUUACCAUGAAAAAGUUGCAGCUUAAAGAAAGACAAUUAGAGCUGAAUUCUAAUGCCAAUAUUCUCGAGAGAUGGAAAUUAUCAAUGGGUAUCUCAAAGGCUUCUUUCAAAGCUGAAAAGUUCAAAACUGAGAUACAAGACACGAGACAAGUGGAGCUACUCAAGAAGUGCUUAGAUUUUCUAGUAGGUGGUCUAAUCAUCAUGUUGUUUGCACUUGGAUAUGGAACAUACGUCUACUCACACCAAAGAAUUGUUGAAGCUACUGAAGCUUGCUCUCCCUACAUGGAAUCUAAAUCUUGGUGGAUGCCAAAUGCAGUGUCAAGUUUCAACUCAGGCCUGCAGCUAUUGAGAUGUCAAAUUCAAGUAUUCAGUCGCAUGUUGUUUGGUGUGAUAAUGAUUGCGGCAAUUGCCUUCUUACUCAUUCAGAGAUCAUCGUCUUCUCAUCAGACAAUGCCUGUGACUGUCAUACUGUUGCUCUUAGGGGUGGGAUGUGGUUAUGCUGGGAAGUUCUGCAUUGACACGUUAGGGGGCAGCGGAAAUCAUUGGUUAGUCUAUUGGGAAGCCCUAUGCUUGCUGCAUUUCUUCUCCAACAUCUUCCAUUCUACUUUGUAUACUGUUCUCAAUGGACCUAUCCUAGUUGCUGAAAGGGUCGACCACAAUUAUGUGUUUCCGUACUGGAUGAGAAAGUCGCUGUUCUAUGCUACGCUGCUAUUUCUCCCGUUGUUGUGUGGUUUCAUGCCCUUUGCGAGCCCUUUGGAGUGGUUUAAGCAUUUUUCGUCGCAGGGGACAGAUCUCUUACAUUUUGAAGAUGAUUCAUACUUUGCUCCAAGAGUAGCAUAAAGCCUUUUGUUGUAGAUUUGCCCUACUAUCUUCAUCUCACUACCAUCAUUGUAUCAUAUAGUUUGUGAUUAUUUAAGUAACUCAGGGAGUGUAGAUUUGGUAUUUAAUUGUAUACAAGAUUUCCACCUGCGUUGUGGAAUUUUCUUGGCUUCCUGUGUUCCUCUUGUACGUACUGUUUCAUCCCUUGUGCUAAUUUUAUUUAGUCUAAUUUCAUUA